GUACAUGUCGCGGGUACAAACGGUAAAGGCUCAGUGUGCGCCCUCAUAUCGGAGGCGCUGAUCGCGGGCGGCUACAAGGUGGGGACUUUCAACUCGCCGCACUUUCUCGCGACAAACGACGCUGUGCGGAUACAGGGCGUGCCAAUUCCCGCGAGCGAAUAUGCAGAACUGCGUGCCUACAUAAAUGGCCUUGAUGCCAAGGCGCAGUCGCCAAACGGCCGGCUGUCUCUCUUCGAGCAGGCCACAGCGGCAGCACUUUGGUGGUUCUCUGAAAAGAACAUUGACCUGGCCGUGAUAGAGGUCGGAAUGGGAGGGCUUCGCGAUGCCACCAAUGUAUUUGGGAUGCCUGAUGGUAGCAUCUCGCUUGGCGUGGGCAAAUCGCUGGUGCAGUGCAUAUGCCCGAUUGACAGUGACCACCUGGGAAUGAUUGGCAACACCGUCGAGGAGAUCGCCCACGAGAAGUCUGGAAUCAUGCGGCCCGGGUCGUGGAUUGUAGUGGCCAACCAGGACCGCAUAGAAGCAUUCCAUAAAGUCCGACAUCUUGCCCACAAAAUUAGCCCUGACCGUGUAUCUCCACAGAGCCCGCAAUUAGGCCAGGCAAGCACAGGAGGCAACGCUGGUUCCUCACCAAUGGGUGUGCCGGCGAGCACCGAGCUGCAUUUGCCGCUCAUGCUUCCUGGACAUUACCAGGCUGGCAACGCAAGUGUGGCGUUCUACGCGCUCGAUGUUUUGCGCACACACUAUGGCUUCAACCGGCUCACCGAUGCGGCCAUCCAGAUCGGGUUCCAAAAUGUGCGCUGGCCUGGCCGUCUCUCCGAGCUCGCCAACUUUAACAAGUCGGGGGGUGCGCUAGGCGGCUGGAUCCUGGCAGACGGCGCGCACAACGAGCCAGCUGCGUUCGAACUGAGAAAGUAUGUAGAAACAACCCUCAAGCGUAUCAAACAGACCCGUUACAUUAACGGCACCUCUGUUCGCAGCUUUAAGGAUAUACCGAAUGUACGCUGGAUUGUUGGCUUCACGCGGGGCAAGGAUAUGACGGCCAUUCUGAACAGAAUCGCGCGUGCCGGAGACACAGUUUGGGCCGUUCCGUUUUCGCAGCCCGACGAAAUGCCCUGGAUUGAGUGCACGGACACUGAGAGCAUUCUUGAGGCAGCAAAGGGCACAGUAUAUGCCAAUAGCAUUCAGAUCGAGAAGUUUGGAUGUCUGGCCGAUGCCCUCAGUCUGCUGGCUACUGAGGACACUAAGAGCUGCUUGACAGUGAUUUGCGGCUCACUAUAUCUUGUUGCCGACCUGUAUCGC